AUGGUGAAGAAUGGGUUCCGCCCACACGCUAAUGCUUCCCACUUCCCAGAGAAAGCUAAGAAUUACAUGAUGAUUUUAGAGAACAAAACUGAUCUAGUGAUCCAUUUGGAUCAAUUAAGAUCAUUGCCCUCGUGGAAUCCACUAGCUAAAUCCGUAGCUUACUAUCAAUUAAAAUCACAAGAAGAUAGCGAAAAUGCAGCAAUCGAAUUAAUAAACGCAUUUCGUGGCUUCAAAAUCCUUAAAACUAUAAUUUUAAUAAACUCUCCCAUAAACGAUGACAUAACCGCGUAUUCCUGGUCUCCAUACAGUGAUGAUAAUUGCGCGAGUGAAUGUAAAUCCGUAUACAUUUUAGACACAUGCAAAGAUAACAAUAUAAAGCAAUUUGAACCUCAAAGGGAGAUGUUUCCAUCAGACUUAAAAGGAUGCCCUUUAAUAACGUAUGCCGUCAUAUCCGAACCGUAUGUGAUGCCUCCCGAAAGAAAAGUAACGAACACAAUAUGGAGCGACGCUUAUGAAUUUCAAAAGGGUGGGGAGAUAAACCUUCGGGCAGCUUUUGGCAGGAAUUUCGCCGUUGUCUCGUCAAGAAGGCAGGCGGUGUAUAUGGAUCAGAGAUUGGGUAAAGGUACGCCUUUGAUAUAUUGCUUUCCUGAGAGUGAUAAUCUGUACAAAUAUGGUGUGGUUCUGCUAGCGAGGCAAUGGUUCCCGAUGUUGGAAAGGUUCAACAAUAUUAUACGAAGUGUUUCAGAGAACGGCUUGAUAGAUAAAUGGAAUGAGGAAAUGUUUACAAACAAUAUGCACGACGGAACCAGUACCAUACUGCCUUUAAGUACCCAACAUUUACUAGGGGCUUUUAUGCUGAUUGGUAUAUUGUAUGUUGUUAGUGCUGGGAUCUUUAUAGGGGAAAUAGUGUUGGGUAAUUUAAAACGUAGACACAUUAACUGCAAGGAAUUUUAA